GGCGCACGGGGGCUCGGCGGAGGCACGCUCGUUUAAAAAUAAAUUCAAGCCCGACUGCGUGCGUGAUUCCGCUCGUCGUCGCUUCAAUCCGGCCAGUGCACUCCGAAAUGAAAGGCCGGUCCUGUGCAUACGCCGCCGCUUCCUCGCCGCGCAGUUCGCACGAAUUGAUGACGCGCGACGGACACGUGCGAGCGUAGCGAUUCGCGAGUAAAUACGCGCCGCCCCUCUCCGCUUCUCCGUCUAUUACGCGCAAAAAUGGUCGUACAUAACCUCUGAGUUAGUUCGCUACCUCCUCCUCGGCGUGUUUUGCGUCGAACCAUUGCUGCGCGCACCUCCUCGGGGAAGGUGGUCGCGCGACCCGGGAUUGGCCGUCGAACUUCUUGGACCUCUGGCGAGGAACGUCCUCCACGAUGAAGCGCGACGACUAGGAUGCGCCCAGAUCGAUCGCUGCUACUACUAAUCGAGGGAUGUCACUCGGGCAGACGUAGGUGAAAUGUCUCGCGAUUUGCCAGCGAGAGUGGCGGGGGCCUACUAUGCCCACGGCCUGUUCCUCUCGUCUCAUCCCAUCACCGCGAUCUCGAUCGCGAUUUCGGUUGUUCUGCUAUGUAGUUAUCCCCUCGUCAACCUACCCAUGCCGGGUAAUGCCCCAAAGACGGUGAUAAACAAUACUGUCGUACCAGUUAACGAUACGGAAACUUCGGUAUUGUACGUCCAGCAAGUACUGCUCAGGGUCGGAGUGGUACCAUGGGCCGAGGAUCUUACGCUGAUGGAUGCCUUCAGAGGGCCUCUCUAUGAGGUGUUCAACCUCUUAGAGAUCAUACAGAAUUAUCAACACCCGGACACAUUGAGAACAUUGGGCCAGGUGUGCCUGCACAUCGAAGCAGUGAAGAAGAGAAAUGGGAAGAAGCCGGAGAUUCUACCGGAAUACAACUGUCUUGUGCUGUCACCUGCAAAUCUGUGGCAGCAAAGUAUAGAGUUGUUCUCUCAAGAUACAAAUCUUAUCAAUACAAUAUUUUCUUAUCAGAAUUUUCAGAAGGGUAAGAUAAGUCUCGCGGAGGUGAUGUUCGGCAUGAAUCUGAAGGAAACCGGCGCGAAGAGAUAUCCCAUUCGGAUUCGCCAGCGAAUUCUCCAGUACGCUGUAACGAUAUAUCUAAAGGAGUAUGAUCACGAAUUUAUCAAGGGGCUACAGCAUCGACUGAAGAGCUACUACAAACUCCAUCAGAACGUCGAUAACGUCACGCACGAUGAGGUGCUGAACGUCUUCUAUCCCGGGGAGUUCAACUACAGCGAGUUCUUCCCGUUGGCGAUGGCGUUGCUCGCGAUAUUUUUCUACAUGUACUACUCAGUGCGGAAGAUAGAAAUGGUCAAGUCGAAAAUCGGCAUCGCGUUCAGUGCCAGCAUGACGGUGAUGGGCUCCGUGUCCAUGACCAUGGGUGUGUGCUUCUUCUUCGGUCUGACUUUCAGCAUGAGCUUCAAAGAAGUGUUUCCGUACUUGGUGAUACUCGGUCUCGAGAACGUCGUGGUGUUCACGACGAAGGUGAUCAGCGCGCCCGCCCACUUCGACGUGAAGAUACACUUCGCGCAGGGUCUGGCGAAAGAGGGCUGGGGCAUCACGAAGAUGCUGCUGAUACAGGUGACGAUCAUGACCAUCGGACUGUUCACCUUCGUGCCGGUCAUACAGAAAUUCUGCAUAUCCGCCUUGGUCGGACUGAUGAGCGACAUCUUCUUGCAAUUGGUAUUCUACUCCACGGUCUUGGCGAUUGACAUUCGACGGAGCGAGUUGUCCAGCGAGAACCCGGCCAAGUUUCACCUGUCGUACAUACCGCGCCGGCAACAGUUCACCACCACCAUCACCAGUAGGAAGCCUCACAUAUUCCGCUCCAAGUCUCACCCCAAGUUGAACGGCUUGUACACCGGCCCGACGAACGUAAUCGCCCCUAACACGCAAAACACCCACGCAACGAGCAAGAUCCCGAAGCGGCUGAAACUGGUGAAUUUCUGGGCGCGCACGCGUUUCUUCCAACGUAUGUUCAUGAUGUUGAUGGUCGUGUGGAUCAGCGAGAUCUUCUACGAAUCCGGCAUCGUCGAGGACUUGAUGCAUCUGAGCGAUACGGUGAAGCAAGAAAGCGACAUAGGGGUGGGAUACACGAUAGACAGGCCUCAGUCGUUGAGCAAUUACGUCGAAUUGAACACUGUCAUCUCCGUGCCGCCCGCGACGAUCGACCGCUUGAACGAGCAGGACUUGACUAAUAACGCCACCGAAGAACUGAACAAACUGAAACCCGUCAACUUUCCACCGUGGAAUCGCUUGUCGCCGUAUCAUUGGUCUUCGAUCCUCGCGAUGUACAACGUCUCGAUCGCCGGCGGACGAGUGACGAUACUCCCGACGAUCAAACUGUCGCACGCGAUGAACCCGCAGUUCGUGAAGCAGAUCAGCAACCCGAGUGACGUUCAACACUUCCAGUGGCAGAGUCUCGCCACAGCCGCGCUUGACCCUCUGGACUUCUCCGAUAUGGAGCUGCCGUCCAGAUCGGAGACGCGUAUAUUUAAUACGGACGCCCCUUUCGUACCGUCGAGCCCGAUGGAGAUAUUUUUGGCCGCUCUGCUGUGCUUUAUUAGCGUCAUCGUCGUCGCCUACACGAUGGUCGUGCUUUACCGUUGCGUCUGCUCCCGAAAUUACGCCGAAUGGCGCACCAGCUGGCACAAGCAGGACAAAACGCAGGACUCCGUCACUCAGCUGGUGCUGGAAGCGAUGCCCUUGGUUCUGGAAGGGCAUACGCAGGAGGUGGAGUGCAUAGCGACCGACGGUAACACCGUAGCCAGCGCGUGUCUAGCGGGUCACAUCAAAGUGUGGGACUCGACGUCGGGCGAGCAACUGGCGCACAUCGACAGGCGGCAAUUCUUCAGCAGCCCUCGGAAGAUCCCGAGCCGCACCCCGCCAGACGCGGACGAGCUGAUGUCGGACUACGAGAGCGGCUCCCCGCCUUCCAGGGGGGAGAUGGAAGCGGCGAAUUCGAUGGUAGGCUUUUACUCGCCGGCGGUGUAUCAGCGUAAGUUGUCACCCGCUUACAACGUGCAGCCGGUUAACAACAACCAUCACCAUCACCACCAGCAGCAGCAGCAGCAGCUCCACCACCACCACCACUACCAUCACAAGAGACGAUCCGUCGGCAACACUUCGGAUUACGAGUAUCAGAUCAACGAAGUCAACAAGCAGAGCUGGCUGCGCCGAAGCUUAGACAGCACCUACGAUAUCCCCGACCUGAAGUCGACGGUCAACAUCAGGUUUUCGUCGGUGAAGUUCACGCCCGCCCAGCAGAAUUACGAUCAAGGCUUCGACUUUGGGGAACGGUACAGAGGCCUAUUGGAGAGGCACAACAGGUCGCUCGAAGAAAUGCAGAUGUCCCGCACCAGGGAACAGCCGAGCAUGCCUCAAGCCAGACUCAACAGGAACGGCCUGGUCGACAGCGCGUCCUCCUCCAUAAGCACCGAGCAAACGACGCAAGUGUCGCACGCCACAUCCGUGAUUUGGUGUAUGGACUAUCAGGAAAACCUCAUUGUGGCGGGCUGCGCUAAUGGCAGCCUCGAGUUCUGGGAGGGCACGACUGGUAGAUUCAAGUGUAUCUUCGACGACGGAUCGGAACUGGGGAUUACUGCUGUCAAGCUGGUCGGCAGCAGAGUAGUGGCAGCCAAACUGAACGGCGCUGUCGACUUUCUGCAGCUUGAGAGUUAUAGCGAAGGCCAGCAGAUCGAUUGGGGUUUCACGUCUUACAGGAGAACUCAUGUGCGAACGGGCAGCGCCGGUUCGCCCAUGGACCUAAAUAGUAUGCAGACGGAGGAAGAUCUGCGCUGCAUGAAAAUUUGCAUGCAGAGAGCGCAUCAGCAAGUGAUCACCGUUCUGGACUGCGACCACGAACACGUUAUAACGGGUAGCCAGGAUCACACCUUGAAAGUACAUAGUUUAGAGGAUCAGCGGCUUAAGUACACUUUCCACGGGCAUUCGGGCCCAAUAUCGUGCCUAUUCAUCGACAGAAUAAAUUCCUCGACAUUCGGCAGUGGAUCUCAGAACGGAGUGUUGUGCGUUUGGGAUCUCAAUGGGACAGGUACAUGCGUGUAUAGUAUUCAAGCCCAUGAUGGUGCUAUAGCUGCUGUCACAUGUUCCGUGUCGUAUGUGAUAAGUAUCGGAACGGACGAGAGAUUGUGCGUCUGGGAACGUUUUCAGGGCCACUUGCUGCACACUCUGCCGGCACACAGAGCGGCUUACAGCUUGCAACUGGUAAUGCUGACUCAUCAUCUUCUUAUAACUAGCAAUCAGGGAUCACUAGUGGUCUGGGACGUGAGGACGGGCGAGCCCGUGCGGGAAGUGAGAUUGGGUCAUAAAGACAGUUGCAUUUUCGUGAAGCAGAUGCUGGCGCUGAGGGACAGCGUCGUUUGCGACUUCGGUCGGCAGUUGAGAAUAGUCAGAUUUCCACUGGUCUCCGAUAAGAUGGACUAAGUUCUUCGAAUGCACAUGUACAUAGUCGUUUCUCUUUGUCUAAUAUUAUCAGUCGAGAGAGAGAGAGAGGGGGGCGUUUUCCUUUUUUUUUCUCUUUUUUAGUCUACGCCUUAGAAAUGUAGAUUUUUAUACGACUAUAUUUCACAUUCUUCGAAGAGUGAUGCAUAUUUUCGACGUAAGCUCGUGUCUCCGACCAUGUUACGGCCAUUUUAGAACUUACGACUUCGUGAAACCGAUACAUGGGAAUACAUUUUUUUUACCCGACGCGACAUACUGCAAUCACGGUUUUCGACUUUUAUUAACAAAUCGUCAACGUCAACAGCACGAACUGAGAGGAUUCAACAGGUUUGCAGUUGUAAAUAUGUCCCUCAUAAUUUUGCCUUUUUUACACUGAUGAAACCAUAAGAAGAAAAAGAAAAUGACCUAAAAUUUCGAGCACACUGAGCACACUGGAACAAUUGUGUAAUUUCUCUUCGUUUAUUACGUUAACACAUUUAGUGGCUGUGCUUUAUCUUGGAAUGUCUAGCUUCUUUUUUUUGUUAGAUAAUGUAAAGACGCUCUUUUAUUUAAGCACCCUUUUUUUUAUGACAAGUAACAUGAUAACGUACAAUGCAUUUGUUAAAACGGUGCUUUCUAACGUGUAGGGCAAUCUAACUUUUGCACGAAUAAACGAAAUCUGAGAUUUCUUAUGACAAAUAUUCGGCAAUGAUACGACUUAUUACAUUAAAUUGUAUCUACAUCAGAUAGUUAUAAGUUUUUGCGCGACGAAAUUGGCCCUAAAGUUUUGUAUCUAGUAAAUGGGCGUUGUUGAUUACGAGAUUAUAGAAGUUCGUGCAAUAGUCAUAGAAACUAUAGUCAUAGAAAUUAUAAUCACAGAGGUCAUAGAAAAUCUGUUUCUCACUGCUGUGCUGAAAUCAUUAGAUCUUUUGACGCAUAGUUCGUUUAUUGAAACAUUGUUUUUUUGAUGUGCUUUCAUCCGUGAGUAAACGUUAUUUCUUAAAUGAAAUGAGAAAUGACCGACGUGAUACACGUUAGAUUUUGAAAGUGCCUUUAUCGUAUCCGUCACUUCCAUUUUCAUAGCGAAAAAACGGGUGGUGUAAUAAAUGUGAGCGAUCAAUGACAAAAAGAGGUCGAAAGAACUUUGUUCCUCACUGUACGGUAUAUAUUUAAGUAAAUCUAAUUUGAAAGAAA